UAGCACAAUGUUUAUCAUUCAGAAUUCGACCCAAUAUUUCUAAUUCUGUUUCAUUAGACCUCGUUCUUUGAUCCUAGACUAUUAGUCUUUCGGUACAAUUAAAAAUAUUAAUUAUUUUAAGCAUCAAAAUAAGAUAAAAUGAGUAGUUUAAUGACAAAAGUAAACACAUUAGUCACUGUGGCAAGACCAAACUUGCAAACUUUUGUGAAGUAUGCUAAAGUUGAAUUAACUCCACCUAAGUUAUCCGACUUACCAGAGAUAAAAAGUGAAAUAUCAAAGAUUAUCCAGACAGCACGUACUGGCCGUUGGAAGAAUUUAACCGUAAAGGAAGCCACUGUAAAAUCACUCGUAGCUGUUGAAGUACUGAUGUGGUUCUAUGUUGGUGAAGUUAUUGGCAAGAGAAGUUUGAUUGGCUAUGAUAUUAAGUUAUAAAUUAAUAUUUGCUGUUGUUGUUUAAUUUGUAUUAUUUAAAAGAUAUUACACGUUUUGUGUAAUUAAAAAUAUGGUUUUGUAGCCUUUUAUUAGGUAUAUUCAUUUUUUAUUUAAUGCUUGGCCAAAUAUAUCAAAAGUUUUCAGAUAUA